AUGUUUUCCUGCGGGCUCCUGGGCGCAGUUCUAGCCCUCGCGGUCGGUCUGGUCUGCUGCACGGGAAAUUUUCCUGGAUUUCAAGAGACCCUCAGGAAUAAAAUGCGAGCAGCUGGCAGAAACGGCGGAGGUCGGGCAGGUCACGGCCGACAUCUGACCAGAUAUCCGCUGUAUAUGAUGCACCUCUACCGGACACUUCUGACUGGAGACGAAAAACACUUCAGCCAUGAAAAUCCAACUCUUUAUGAGUCUGACUCCGUCUUGAGCCUUGUCGCUAAAAGUUGUCGUCAGGUUGGUGACAAAUUCGCAGUGACAUUUGACAUGUCCUCCAUAUCAGCAAGCGAUGAUGUCCAGCGGUCUGAACUUCGCAUUCGGCUUCCAAAUCUCAGCUCCGAGUUGGAGGUGGAUAUUUAUCACGCAUCCACACCUGAGUGUGAGAGAAGCCCCUGCGAAGAAGUACGGCUCCACCUGGGAACCUUGAACGCCAACCCGGUUAACUCAACCUCUCGCUCCUCUUGGAGGAUCUUCAACAUCACUGGGCUUCUCAAGUACUGGUUGCACCAGGGUGAGCGUGUGCCAUUUGAGGAACCCACACAGAUGCCGUCAACAGCUGAGGGACACAAGAGCGUCCAUCAUCCUACAGCGAACAGAGUGAUGAUGGUGGUUUACUCCAAGCAGAACCGGGCAAAGACGUCUACUCUCAUUCAGACGGCCGAGCACUCCAAGUAUGUAGCUCUGGAUCGGGCUGGUGGUGGAAGUGAACCUGUGCCUCGGCGCCACAGAAGGAACCACAGAACUGAUGAUCGAGUGCGUGAUGCAGCAGCAGGGAUGGUUCCUGGUGUUUCCCAUGAAGGUGGAGAGAAGAAACCUCUCUGUAAGAAGGUGGAUAUGUGGGUAGACUUCGAUCAGAUUGGUUGGAGUGACUGGAUUGUUUACCCAAAGCGUUACAACGCUUAUCGGUGUGAAGGCAGUUGUCCUACACCAGUAGAUGAGACCUUCACUCCAACAAACCACGCAUACAUGCAGAGUCUUUUGAAGCUGCACCACCCAGAUCGCGUCCCAUGCUUGUCCUGUGUACCCACCCGUCUGGCUCCACUCUCCAUGCUCUACUAUGAGAAUGGCAAGAUGGUCAUGAGACAUCAUGAAGGCAUGGUUGUUGCAGAAUGCGGCUGCCACUGA